AUGAGCUCACACAGGCUGCGGAUGAGGAAAAGCGUGAAAGGUAAGCUGGCGAUUUCUUUUCUCUGAGUAGACUCAUUUUAACUCCAAGGACGGUCAGAAAAAAAAAAGUUAUAUCAACCACGUGACUAGUUUAAUCAGUGGCGUAGCUGGUGGGUGCGGGAGGAGGGGUCCGGACCACACCGGGGUGACACCACCUCAAGGGCGUCACCGAAUUGAAAAAACUUCCUACUUACAGAGCACACUCUGCUAGGUCUAACCGAAAUUGAAUAGAAGGAUAAAUUAUGAUCACACGAUGGGGUGACACCAUGAGUUUAGUGCACCGGAUGACACCAACCCUAUCUACGCCACGGGUUUUAAUCAUAGUUAUACAUUCAUAUAAAGAAGCGAUAACUGACCUAAAACAGUUUGUUUUUGUUUGAUUUUUAUUUUACAAUGGCUUCUAUGCAUUUGGUUUGUGUUGAUACAUACAUGAGCGCUCAACCAAAGCUGUUCAGAACUAUUGAUUAAUGACGCCUCUCUUGCUACUUCUCUCCAGCUAUCUUCUUCAGAUCUUCACCAAACCAAUUUUCAAAGCCGACCCAUUUUUCUUGGAGCUCAUCCAGAGGGAGGGUGCUACGGGAUUCGGGUCUGGCAAUAUUGCUGCCCUCUACCGGUCAGUCCAGGCCUACAUUGUCGGCUAGGGCCAGAGUCGCACAAAAUAAAAGGAGUUUUAAUGGAUUAAUUUUUGUGUGUAGCCCCACCACACUUUUUAAAGUUGAAACACCUGAGAUGGUUCAGAUAAUGCUACAUUGUGUCAUCAAGUUAAUUAAGACAUUUAUUACUUCAGGGCACCUCAUACAACCAAAUAAGCUACAAUCUUUU